ACAUAUUGCAAUCCGCGUUAUGGAAGUCUCGAGACAGCGUAGUGUAGGCUAGUUGUUUUGUAUGUAUAGCAUAAAGUUUUAGAUAGCGGUAGCUGACCGCAAUAGGGCAAGGAAAUCAACUAGAAAUAACUAUUGUCUAUUACCAGAUAUUGACGUAUAAACAACCGUGAUUUGUCUAACUCUAAAAAGACUAUUAUGUUUCUCAUGUAUUUAUCUGUGCCAAUUUAGGCUCAUAGUUUAAGAGUCUGUAGAGCUUACCAGUUUCGUUCCGCCCCGUUUAGUUCGUUGCGUUUAUAGUUUGACCUGCAUUUACGUUCGUGAAAUUUUGCUUAAUUCUUCAAUAUAUAUGUUUUGUUGAUUGAAUUAUGACAUGCUAAUUAAUGUGAUCGGGAAUAAGAGACUUGCACAGUGAAAUCUCGAAACAUAAAAGUUGAUCAUUGAAUUUGAACAGCAUACAAAGCUAGCAGAUCGUGAUUCCGAUUAUCGAUAUAGAAAUGAAAGUGCCAAACUGUGCGUAUGCAUUAUAGAGUCGCGAGAUAAUCUCGAGUACAUCCAGAAAUAUGAAUUGUCGAGAAAAGUACGUCUUUAUCUGUCUGCGAUUGAACUGUGCGUAUGCAUUAUAGAGUCGCGAGAUAAUCUCGAGUACAUCCAGAAAUAUGAAUUGUCGAGAAAAGUACGUCUUUAUCUGUCUGCGAUUGAACUGUGCGUAUGCAUUAUAGAGUCGCGAGAUAAUCUCGAGUACAUCCAGAAAUAUGAAUUGUCGAGAAAAGUACGUCUUUAUCUGUCUGCGAUUAAAAAUUUACAUUAAAUCAUCAAUAAUCGAUCACAAAUUAACGUAGAUGGGUCCACGAAACAACCUAAUGUUAUCGAUUAGAUGUUCAUGUAUUACAAAACCUUGCUUGAUGAUAACACGUACAAUCACUUUACUAUAACAAGUUGUGAAACUAAGUUGAAAUUGGGAUUUCUGAAGUAUUCUCAUCAUGGCACGAAAUUCAGAAGACAACGAUGCAGAAACGCAUUAUGAAGUAGAUACUGAAGAAAAAUCUGUUUUGACGUGCUACGCUGCAUGGUCUGCUAUUUUUGUUGCAUUGGCCGGUACAUGGCCGUAUGGCUUCUCCAUUGGAUCCAUCAAUUCUAUUUACUUUGUAAUGAAGACAGUAAUUCAAGACCAGUAUGAAGAACGUUGGAACGAAACGGUCUCAACAACAGUUGUGGAUGCAGUUUGGGUGGCAAGUUCAGCCGCAUUUCCAGUUGGAGGAAUAUUCGGGUCACUGCUUGUUGGUCCUAUAGUUCGGAGAUAUGGACGAUUGAAUGGAAUAUUUCUUGGGCACAUAUGCACGAUAUUAUUUACAUUACUGCUAAGUCUAAGUGGAAUCUUUAAAUCACCAGAAAUUAUGAUUUUGAGUAGAUUUGGAAUUGGAAUCACCAGUGGAGCGAUCGGUUUAGGUAUAUCAGUGAUGUACACGACAGAAGUGAGUCCACAAAAAUAUCGUGGAGUAUUUGGAUCAAUGGUAUCUGCUGGAAUUGCAUUAUCGUUACUUUUCUCAAAUAUUUUAGGACUUUCUCAGAUCUUUGGAAAUGAGACUCUAUGGCCCCUCCUCUUUGCAUUUACUGCAUUACCAUCUAUAGUUUUAGUUCUUACAAAAAAGACCAUAGCACAAAGUCCGAGACAACUCUACAUGGAUGAAGAGGAAAAAGAGAAGGCUGUAGAAUUACUGCAAAAACUACACGGUGUAGAUGAUGUUGCUCAUCUGAUUGGUGACAUGGACCAAGAAAAGAGAGAUGCGGGUGCGAUUCAGCAAAUGUCGGUAAAAGAGGUUUUAUUGUCGAAAUCUCUGCACCGUCCACUAUUAGCAGCAAUUGUAUUAACGACAGGACAACAGUUGACAGGACUAAACGGGGUUGCAUUUAACAUGAAUGCAAUUUAUUUGAAAUCUGGUAUACAUGAAAAUUACGUGCAAUAUGUCAGCAUAGGAACUUACGCCAUGAUAAUCACAAUUACUGUACUUGGGGCCUACUUGACAGAAAGACGCGGUAGAAAAUUUCUUCUUAUACUAGGUUAUUCUAUCAUCGGAGCUAGUCUUCUGUUGCUAACGAUAUCAAUAGAAACAUAUGAAUUCAAUGAUAAAAUGGCAUAUGUGUCGGUAGCAGCUUCUUUAGGUUUUUGGACUGGUUUUUCGUUGGGUCCAGGACCGGUAACAUUAGUAGCGGUUGGAGAAUUUUUCGACCAAUCAGCUCGAUCAUCUGCGUUAACAAUAUCCGUAGCACUUUUGUGGAUUUCGUUCGCCAUUACCGUAGUGAUUACUCCGUAUUUACUGGCAGCAAUUGGAGGGUACACGUUUCUACCGUUUUCUUUCAUGGCAAUCAUGACCGCAAUAUUUAUUAAGAUUUGUAUUCCCGAAACAAAAAAUAUGGCAUUCAGGCAAAUGCGAAGGUCAUUCAAUCGAAGAUCCAAAAAGUAUCGCAGAGAAUCACAAUCGCGUACAGAUGACUUAUAAGCAUUACCAAUCUUGCUCAAGAAGAAGAUGCAUAAGGAAAGGAUUUCAAGCACAGGCUGUUUGAAUGGUUCCAUUACAUUUGGACCCACGACAAUUGCACCUGCAUACUAUUGCACCUAUGGGAAUUUGCAACUACGGAUAUUUAAACCCAUACUAACCCUAACCCAUGGAUUUUAGCACCCGCAUAUAGAUUGAACCCGCGGAUAUACGGGUGCAAAUGUAUGGGUUCAAAUGUACGUGGGUUCAAAUGUGCUGUCACCGUUUGAAUAGCACUCAUUGCCAAAUUUCAUAUAUGUUCAUUUCAGAUUACGAGACUAUAGAUAAACAAUAAAAUACCUCUAUAUUUUUGUUUCCA